CCCAUUUUCUUUAGGUAUUUAGUAAAGAUCCAUUUAUAAGUUUUGAAUAUUUGUAAGAUGGCCUCAGAUUAUUUGCUUUAUAGAGAAAAGAACCCCACAAGGUAACAUAUUUACAAAAAAAAGUAAAAUAGAUUCAUCAGAUUCAGCCUCGGAGGACCCUAAAAAACGAUAAAGAUCUAAUUGGCGCCCCUUUACUAUUUCCAUCUACCUUCUUCGAACGAAAAGUAGAACUUGGAUCCCUACGCACUCAUCUCCGAGAUCUGCACAAUCUUCGAUUCAAAUGGCGACGAGAAGACGUACUUUGCUCAAGGUCAUUGUCCUCGGCGACAGCGGGGUUGGCAAGACUUCCUUGAUGAAUCAAUAUGUGCAUAAGAAGUUUAGUCUACAGUACAAAGCGACUAUUGGUGCUGAUUUCGUCACCAAGGAAAUUCAGAUUGGGGAUAAACUUGUUACUCUACAGAUUUGGGAUACUGCUGGACAAGAGAGGUUCCAGAGUCUUGGUGCUGCGUUUUACAGAGGUGCAGAUUGUUGUGCGUUGGUUUAUGAUGUUAACGUGGCCAAGUCCUUUGAUUCCCUCGAAACUUGGCAUGAGGAGUUUCUUAAACAGGCAAGUCCAUCGGAUCCAAAGACAUUUCCGUUUAUAGUGCUUGGAAACAAGGUUGACAUUGGUGGAGGGAGCACUAGAGUGGUCUCUGAGACGAAAGCAGCUGACUGGUGUGCUUCAAAUGGUAACAUACCCUAUUUCGAGACAUCAGCUAAAGAAGACAUCAAUGUUGAUGAUGCGUUCUUUACCAUUGCUAAAACCGCUCUUGCCAACGAGAAUGAUCAGGACAUAUACUUCCAAGGCAUACCAGUUGCAGUGACUGAAAACGAGCCAAAGGGGGGUGGUUGCGCUUGCUGAACUGUGGAUUUCAAGAUUCGUUUACAUUUGUUUUUGAUACAUUUGCUCGUGUUAUUCAUUGAAGGUUGGUGUACUCUUGAGAAUUGCAGAACGAUAAAGCUUGAAGAAGCCAUCUUUUCAGCCAUUCCAUCAUGUAUUAAUUGAUUGGAGGAGUCUGUAUGAUUAAUCGAUUCUGCUGGAUAUAUUUUUAUUUUCGGAAGAAGAACCGCUUACUCUUAUAUUAUAUUUGGUUCC